GUUAUCAAAAAUUGAUCGUACCCAGAAAGCUAGCCAGGCUAAGCUUUUAUGACAUCUACUUUCCCUUCUCUAACCACGCAGCUGGAAACAGGUAAACAAACAAUAAUGUCCGGCCAUGACGUUAAACCGGCCCUAUCCUCGACUCGGGCGUUAGGGAAUCGCUUUAGGUUAGCUCCCACCAAAUAGUUUUCGUAUUUACGAUGGGGCAAAGUCGGAAAACCGAGUUGCCGAGUGGAUUCGAUCAAUAAGCAAGGACAUCUAGAAUUUCCAAGUUGGCUGCCGAGGGCUGGGAACUGGGGUCGGUCCCCCGUCUUUUGCCGCCCUUUUUGCCGUUCACCCAACACAUUUACUCAUAUUCUUCGGCGCACCCAAGCUCCUGUGGAAUGGGGUUCUGAAUUUUCUUUUUCUGUCUUCGAUUUUCCUGCCUUUUCGUGGUAUGUCGCUCUGGUCUUGCUUAUCCUGUGCAGGGGGCGUUUGUGAUAUAGGACAAUCUUUCCGCCCUAUAUAACUGUUUCCAAAUUUGGAACCGAGAGACCGUGAAACGCUUUUUUGGGACUGCUUUUUCAGUUCUUGCAUUUCCUGUUCGUUCGCCGUUGACAUUAGCAUAUCCACUAUCCACAUUAUAAUUACUAGUUAAUUCAAAAAAUCUCUUUACGCUAGUUGAUUGCUGUAUAUGAGUUGUUGUUGCAGACGGAGUCUUGAAAGAUCUCUUUGCAUCCAGUGCGAAAAACAUGGGCGUUCCCGACGAAGAUCACACACACGAUUGUUCUUCCACGAUACAGGCAGGCCAUAGCCCGAUCAUGGAAAAAGAUUUUGAUUGCGGAAAGCCUGCUGGAAUGGGAAUUCUCAACACAAAGGGAAGUGGGACAGAGAGUGGUAACCAGGAGCAGGACGAAUUUGAAUCAGAUAGCCAAGCAAGUCCGAGAACAGAGGAAAAUGAUUCAACGACAGCUGCUACGGCCGAUGAUCGUCCGCCGCAGAGUGAGAAAAUGACCAAGAAGCAGAUAUUUGUGGUCAUGUUUGCGCUAUGUAUCGCUCUAUUUCUCGCAGCUCUUGACAUGUCAAUUAUAGCCACCGCGCUCCCCACAAUCGCCAGCCAGUUCAACGCAUCUGAAAGCGGCUAUUCAUGGAUGGCCUCAUCCUACCUCCUGGGGAAUGCCGCAGUCAUUCCUCUCUGGGGGAAACUGAGUGACAUAUGGGGCCGCAAGCCUAUCAUUGUCUUCGCAAACGUUCUAUUUCUGCUUUCGAGUCUGAUGUGCGCUCUAGCGCCGAAUACAGCAACACUGAUUGCGGGAAGAACCAUUCAAGGAGUCGGCGGCGGCGGUCUGGUUCUGCUCGGACAGAUUUGCGUGGGUGAUUUGUUUAGUCAAAGAGAUCGUCCAAUAUAUUAUGCCAUGUUCGGCAUGACGUGGGCUAUCGCAGGCUCCCUGGGUCCCGUUGUGGGAGGCAUAUUUACUGAGAAGGUGACAUGGAGAUGGUGUUUCUAUAUCAACCUCCCAUUCGGCGGCGUGGCCCUUGCAACCCUCAUCAUAUGGCUCAAAAUCGAAACGCCCAAAACCCCUCUAAUCGCCGGUCUGCGCACAAUUGACUGGCUGGGCACCAUAGUCGUUAUCGGUGGAACACUAAUGUUCCUCCUCGGCCUCGAAUUCGGCGGGGUAGCUAACCCCUGGAAUUCCGCAACGGUGAUUUGCCUCAUAGUUUUCGGCGCCAUCACCCUGGGAAUUUUUGUCAUCAUCGAACGCAAAGUGGCCAAGUACCCCAUCCUGCCAAUGUCCCUGUUCGCAGACUCGAGUAAUGUCUUCACCCUAUUAGUAAACUGGUCGCACGCGUCGAACUUCAUCGCCGGCGCGUUUUUCCUCCCACUAUACUUCCAAACGGUCCUCGGCACGUCCCCCAUCAUGAGUGGUGUCUAUAUUCUGCCUCAGGCAGUCUCUCUAUCCGUCGUUUCCUUUAUCAUCGGCUUCAUCAUCCGCAAGACGGGCACAUAUGUCGAAUAUAUCAGAUUGGGUAUGCUCGUCAUGACGCUGGGUACUGGAUUAUACAUCGAUUUUAAACCAUACACAUCGUUUCCAAGGCUGAUUAUAUACCAAACCAUUGCCGGAAUUGGAACUGGUCCGAAUUUCCAAGCUCCCUUGCUAGCUCUGCAAUCGCGAGUCCCCCAAUCGGAAGUAUCAACCGCGACUUCAACGCAUUCAUUUAUCAGACAGCUCUCGACUGCCUCCUCUGUUGUGCUGGGUGGAGUGGUUUAUCAGAACGUCCUCAAACAAUCCGCCUCAAAGCUACUGGCUGCACUCGGCCCAGAGCUCGCGGAGUCAUUUCUUGGAAAUUUCGCCGGUCCACGAGCGGAGAGUCUAGCGGCAUUAACGCAGGCGCAGCGAGAUACCGUGUUGGAUAUAUAUAACGUCGCAUUUAGCCGUGUAUGGAUUUUCUAUACUGCUAUUGGUGCAGUCGGCUGCGUAUUCAGCUUUUUCAUCCGGAAGAAGGAACUUAGUCGGGAUCACGAAAUUACCAAGACGGGGCUAGAAGCGCAGGAGCUUGCCAGACAGGCCCGUAUCACUGCGAAACGUGAGAGAAAGGAGAAGAAGCUGCAAGACAAGGCCGCGAAUGGGAACGGGAACGGGGACGGCGCAAUGAAAGAGCCUGUUUAGAUUGUGAUAUUUUUUAGUGUGGAAUCCCCUACCUUUCUUGUUCAUUUGAUUUUACUGUCUUGUUGUAUAUAGUAUACCCCGUCCUGCAUUUUUGUAUGUAUGUCCCUGUCCAAAAGUAUAAUUUGAACAUAGAGCUCUGUGCUUUUAUCUGGCCUUCACCUAUAUAGUUUUAGUAACUAUAUAGAUAAUUGAAGAAAAGACAACGAUAUCAACACAAAACUGCUCUCAUUGAAUCAUAGGAUGAUGUUUGUCAGAAGUGACAAUUUCUAUUUCUGUUCUUUGUCGUGCUGAUGCCAACGUCCAUUUUGGUCCCGGAUUCGGGCAAUCUCACUGUUCCGGAGCCUCAGGGAGCGGGGAUGCAGCAAAGAGCCUCAUAUUUAUGCCUCAAGCUGAUUGAAAUUGUUUUUUGCUCUCUUCACUACCAGAGUCCAGACUUCAGCCAUGGCAUCGUUAUUGACUACUCAGGAGGCAAUACUCUAAAAUUAACAUUUUAGUCAAGGUUAAGCACGUGUUUUACCUGAUAUCCUCUGUCUCUAUCGGGCCCUUUCCCUUUAUACCCCUGAUC